AUGGAGCCCAAUGCCUGCAGGAUGCCUCCACUCCUUUCCUGCGUCCACUCCCUGCAGCUUUGGCAUCUCCUCCUCCUGGUCUCGGCCAUCCCCUCUCCCGGCGUCUGGUCUCUUCGCUCUCGGGGUCCAGUGGCCGCUCGUCCUCUUUGUGCCCGUCGCAGCCCUUCGGCCCCGCGGCCCAUUUGCAUCUGGGACAGGACCUCGCUGCCGGAGAAGGAUUCCCGCUUCGCUGAGCUGCGGCACGUUGUCCGGCUGAGGCGCCAGGCGGCAGGGGCCCGGCCCGCCACCCCCUCUGGGUUUGAGGACGGCAUGCCUUCCUCCCAGUACCCCUGGGCCAUCGUGUGGGGCCCCACGGUGUCGGAUGAGGACGGAGGGGACACCAACUCGGCCAACCCAGGCUUCCCGCCACUGGGGUACACCUUCGUCUCACCGCACGGGAUGGCGACGGCGCAGCCCAACUCUCACUCGCUUCUGCACAAUGCGGGGCUCAACUUGCGUGAGACCCCGGCCACCCUGCGGCCAUUCUUGUUUGGGCCCCGGGGGGAAGGUGUGGACCCCCAGCUGUACGUCACCAUCACCAUCUCCAUCAUCAUUGUCCUGGUCGCCACUGGGAUCAUAUUCAAGUUCUGCUGGGACCGUAACCAGAAACGUCGGCGUCAUUCGGGGCAGCAGAGUGGUGGGAGGCAGCAGGAGAGCCAGCAGCCCCUCACAGACCUCUCCCCCACCACCGUCAGCAUCCUGGGGCCCUACAGUGACUCCCUGGCCCCCACGCCUGAGACGGAGGAGUCCAGACAGGGCCAGGAGGGCAUGGAGAAACUGGGGGGCCACAGCAAGAGCACGGCCUUCCAGCUCAACCGAAUCCCACUAGUGAACCUGUGA